GGCCCUGGAAGGCAGGAAGGUUUAUCAGCCUCUUCUUCUCCGUCGCCAUCGAUGCAUUACCUGAGCUGAAAGCUGGCACUGGAUCUGGGAGAAGGAAAUGGCUCCAAGGACACUCCUCGUCGUGCUGGUGGUGCUGCUUGGGUUGGCCUCGCAGGCAGUUCUCCGGCCACCGCCUCCGAAGCUGUGCGGCUCGCCGGGCGGGCCGCUUGUGACAUCUCCAAGAAUCAAGCUCAGAGAUGGAAGGCACCUUGCUUUCAGAGAGGAUGGGGUUCAGAAAGACAGGGCCAAGUACAAGAUCAUCACUGUCCAUGCAUUCGAUGCAACCAAGGACUUCCCCUCGCCUGUUUCAAAGGAACUGGUGGACGAACUGGGGAUUUACAUUGUUGGCUUCGACAGAGCAGGGUAUGGGGAGAGUGAUCCGAAUCCCUACAGGGAUGUGAAGAGCGAGGCGUUGGAUAUCGAGGAACUCGCCGACCAGCUCGAGCUUGGACACAAGUUCUAUGUCUUGGGAGUGUCCAUGGGAGGAUACUCGGUUUGGGGAUGCCUUCAGUACAUUCCAAACAGGCUUGCAGGAGCUGCAAUGGUUGUGCCAAUUAUCAAUUACUGGUGGCCUUCUUUCCCAGCUGAGCUAUCCAGGCAAGCAUUCAAGAGGCUCAUCGUGCCAGAGCAGAGGACACUCUGGAUUGCACACAACAUGCCUUCCUUGCUCUACCUGUGGAUGACCCAGAAGUGGCUUCCUUCUUCUGCAGCAGCCAUGCGCCAUCCUGAGAUAUUCAGCAAGCAUGAUAUGGAGGUCCUUCAGAAGAUGAUGACAAUGCCUGUCAUUGAGAAUAAAUCUAGGCAGCAAGGCAUUUAUGAAUCAACCCAUCGUGAUUUGCUUGUUGCUUUUGGAAAGUGGGAGUUUGAUCCAAUGAACAUCACCAAUCCAUUUCCCCAAAAUGAGGGCUCUGUGCACAUCUGGCAAGGUUAUGAAGAUAGGUUAGUGCUGGUUGAGCUGCAACGGUACAUUGCCAAGAGGCUUCCUUGGAUCCAGUAUCAUGAAGUUGCUGAAGGAGGACACAUGUUCAUGCUGGUAGAUGGAUGGACGGACAAAAUCCUAAGAUCACUCUUGGUUGGGAAACAGCUUUGAUGUCUCAAUGCUGUUAGACCAUGUGUGUGAAAAUUCAUUUUCAAGCCGCUGAUACUAUGUUAAUCUUUAUAGCUAUGUUAACUAAUCUUUUAAAAGGGAAGUCGUCUCUCAGUCCCAUCGUGUGAAUUAGAAGAAAAUUUAGGGAAAUUUAACUUUUUUGUCACUCUUACGAGUGAUCAAAACAGAUUUGUCACUCGCUGUCUAUGACAUAUAGGUACUCAUGAGUCUAUGACAUGUGGAUCCAGUAGCAAAUCUGUUAUAAACAUUCGUAAGAGUGGCAAAAAGUUAAAUGCCCCGAAAAUUCAUCCUAUGCAUUUGAUAUUUUUUUAACAAAAUUAUGUUGCAGGACAAUAUGCUAGUGAACCUAAGUAUUUAUAUAGUAAAUGACAUACCAUCAAUGUAAAAUUGAACACAGUACUGGUGCUCGUGCCACUAUAUGCAAGAUAUAAAGAAUCUAAACAUGCAUUCCAUAUUGCAAUGGAGAGGUUUAUAUAU